CAAGGAAUGCCUUAGAAGGGAUGUCAAAGGAAUGCUGAGUCUAUACGAAGCUUCGUAUCUGGGUUUUGAAGGAGAAAACCUCUUGGAUGAGGCCAUGGAAUUCGCGAGAGCGGGUCUCGAGGACCUCAAAAUCCAUGCAAGUAAAAGCGUGGCAGAGCAGAUUCAGCAUGCAUUGGAGGUUCCACUGCACCAUAGAAUGCAAAGACUGGAAGCUCGUUGGUAUAUUGAGGCAUACAGCAAGAGGGAAGAUGCAAAUCCUGUUGUGCUUGAGCUUGCAAAGUUGGAUUUUAAUAUAGUCCAGUCAGUACUUCAAGGAGAACUUCAAGAAAUGUCAAGGUGGUGGAACAAUAUGGGGCUGUCGAAAAAGUUGACCUUCACCAGAGAUAGGCUGGUGGAAUGCUUCUUUUGGACGGUUGGAAUUGGCUUCCAACCUCAGCUGGGCCAUCUUCGUAAACAGCUGACCAAAGUUGCUGCUCUUGUCACCACCAUUGAUGACGUCUAUGACGUUUAUGGUACUUUGGAUGAACUCGUGCUUUUUACAGAUGCUGUCGAAAGAUGGGAUAUCAAAGCCGCGAUAGACCUUCCUGACUAUAUGAAGCUAUGCUUCUUAGCUCUCUAUAACACUAUUAAUGAGAUUGUUUACGACACUCUUAAGGAGAAAGGAGGAAACAUCCUUCCAUACCUAACCAAAGCGUGGGCAGAUAUGUUCAAAGCGUUCCUCCAAGAAACAAAGUGGAGUUCCGACAAGGAGAUGCCAAACUUCAAGGACUAUCUUAACAAUGGCUGGCGAUCCGUUUCUGGGACGAUCUUCCUCGUUCAUUCCUAUUUCAUAUUGAAUCAAACUUUCACAAAGGAGGCCCUUGAGGGCUUGGAAAAUUACCAUGGCCUCUUGCGGUGGCCAUCCAUCAUUUUUCGACUCAGCAAUGAUUUGAGUACUGCUGCGGCAGAGUUAGAGAGAGGUGAAACUGCAAAUUCAAUCCAUUGUUACAUGCGAGGAACUAAUCUUUCUGAGGAACAUGCUCGUAAACACCUCAACAACAUGGCUGAGACAACUUGGAAAAAAUUGAACAAAGAAAGAGUAGUUAAUCGUUUGUUUGGAGAAUCGUUGGUGGAAACAGCAAUCAACCUCGCUCGGAUUGCCAAAUGCACGUACCAGUAUGGGGAUGGGCAUGGAGCACCGGACAUUAGAGCAAAGAAUCGAGUCCUGUCGUUGAUAAUAGAGCCCAUUCCAGUACUUGUUGAGAGAGAUCAAAUUCCUUGUUUACCAAAAUGACUGUGGCACAG